AUGUGUUGUGUAUUGUCAUAUCAAGGAAAGGCGAAUCUCAGCUGGUUGAUGCUGCAACAGGCCAUACAACUGGCACAUGACAUUGGGUUGUUUAUGCUGCCAAGAGCUAAGCAUCGAUGUGGAGAGAAUAUGACUUCUGAUAUGGAACGUGCUCGGGCGAUCACGGCCUGGGGGAUCUUCAGUUUGAAUCAACAAAUGUCAAUGAAGUUGCAGAAGGUAGCAACAUUGUCAAAGCCUGCAUCCAGGAUAGACGUUGCGGGUGACCAUGACUUUGACUGGAUGCCUUAUCCACGAUCGAACCAGAUCAUGUAUGCCGCCAAGCGAGCUCAUCUACCUCAAAUCCGACAAGGCCUUGCCGAGAUGACUGAUAUCAUGUUACACGUUGAAGAGCUCCUAGACGACGAGGAGCUAAGUAUGAGCUUCACUGCAUUGUCUGUGAGGGUAGAGGACCCAUACAACCGUUUGCAACAGUGGUUGGCGGAUCGGCGAGAUGCAUCGCAGAUUCGAAAAGAGCUAAUUCCUCAGCUUCUGAUCCUACGUGUCAAAGGCCUCCACGCGAUGAUGCACUUAGUCGAAAUGUUGAUCGAGCGUGACCAACAAGGAUCGAUGAUUGCUCAGUUGCAGCAAAAAUGGUGUGCCCAAGCCGAGGAGAUAGCCCAGUGCCUUCGUAUCCAUCGUCAGUCCUAUGGAAUCUGGCUCAUUCCUAGCCAAGUGAUUGAUAUCGUUCAGGCAGUCUUCUACACCUUGGUGCACCACCUGGAGAGUAGUAAUACAGUGAGGCACGCUUUUAUUGAAUUCUGUCGAUUUGGGAUAGCCCUGGGCCAGAAGUCCAAGCCAAUGGCUGAAACCAUCUACGCCAUUCAAUCGCUUUCCCAACGCGGGUCUAUUCAGCUACCUACUGAAGCCAUCACAAUCCUUGACGGCUCCAAACUAUGGAAGGGUCAGUAG